CAAAGUUGUCAAUCACUUAAUGCGUUCAAUACUCUUGUUUUAUGAAUACGGCUAUAAAAACAAAUGUCAUAUUUUAGAACAGUAUGUAUGUGAUAUGCCGACACCAGCAGUACCAUGCCGUGCCAAGCUAACAUCAGCAGGUCAUUAUUUUUCACAAAAACUCCUACUUUGCGGGGGCAACGCUCGGCUCUUUUUGCCCAAGAGCUCGACCGGGGAGGUUCGCUCGUGCGCGCGUUGCCAUGGCAAUGAGGGACAAACACUGUCAAACGUAUCACGAGGAGAGCGAAGUUGUCAGCGAUCCUGUGCGGGUUAUGUAUGACGAAACGGUGGAGGUCGACGCUAGGGAAAUCGAAAGUCCUUCUAGCUCUGACGAGGAGGUGGUCAAAGCGGCCAUGUCCAAGUUUAACCCACCGGCGCGCCACACGGCACGACACGAUUUCGAUUCUGAAAGCGAAAGCGAUUCGGACCCUGAGAACGAGAACUUCUUAAACAAUAUCAAGAGAGAUGCGAGUCCGGAACCGAAGGCGCCCGAGAAAGCUGAGCUAUCGAAGCAAUCUUCGAAGGAUGAGAGCGUCAAAGGCAGGUCGGCGACCAAACGAGCGGAUUCUUCGGAAAAUUCAGAGAGCGACAGUGCAGAACUGGGGUUAGACCGGCCGUUAGCGAGCGGCCGGAAGCGGGCGGGCGUGGUGAUACCGGCGGAGGGCGCCUAUGACCCCAAGCAGUACCAGGACCUCAAGGUGCCCGCGGAUAUGGAGAACAUCUUCCAGUACAUCAUGAAAUAUACGCCUCAGAAAAUCGACAUCGAGUUCAAACUGCAACCCUUUGUACCGGAGUACGUCCCAGCGGUAGGGGAUAUAGACGCGUUCCUCAAAGUGACGACGCCCGCGCGGGGCGUCAACGGCAAGCCGCUCGACGAACAGUUCUUAGAACAUAUCGAUAACCUGGGUCUAACGGUGCUGGAUGAGCCGGCAGCUGAGCAAAGCGAGUCAGCGUUAUUGCACCUGCAACUGCGGGCCUUAUCUAAAACCAGCGCCAAACCUACCGUGGUUACAAAGAAACUGGAGAAUGCGGAGAAGAACGGCAAAGCACUCGAUCGCUGGAUCAAAGACGUAAGCGAGUUGCAUCGGGCCAAGCCGCCGCCCACCGUCGCCUACUCACGCAAAAUGCCGGACAUCGACACUCUCAUGGAGGAAUGGCCGGACAGCGUGGAGCGAGCGCUCAACACGGUGGGCUUCCCGCCUGCCAGCCUCGACUGCACGCUGUCGCAGUACGCGGAACUGGUGUGCGGCAUGUUCGAUAUCCCCGUGGCUGGCGACACGCUGCAGGCUCGCGUACAAGCGUUGCACCUCCUGUUCAGUCUGUACACGUGUGUCAAGAACUCGCAACUUUACGCUGAGCGGCAAAAGGAAGAGAAAGAGAGUGUAGGAUAAGUUACGCUUAAUAAACUUGUUUGUUAUA